CGGGCACCCACCUGCCGCCGCCGGCGCCGGGCUUGGGGCGCGGAGGGGUGCGCGGCCGGCGGGCGGCGCUGGGCGAGGGCGCGGAGGGGCGCGCAGGCGGCUGGCGGCGAGGGCCGGCCCCACGGCGGGUGAGCGAAGCUGCAAGAAGCUCAGUACUCCUGGAUGGUUGAAGUCUUGACGAGCGGCAUCAGUCGAGCAGUGCAGCAGGAGCCAUGUCUCUGCCCUUCCGAAAAGAGUUGGAGAAAUACAAGAAUAUCAAUGAAGAUGAAAUACUCAGCAAACUCUCAGAGGAUGAACUGAAACAGCUAGAGCAUGUUCUCGAUGACCUUGAUCCUGAGAAUGCCUUGCUUCCAGCGGGAUUUCGGCAAAAGGACCAGACCACUAAACCUGCCACGGGGCCUUUUGACAGAGAACGCCUGCUCUCAUACUUGGAGAAGCAAGCGCUUGAGCACAAAGACAGAGAAGACUUUGUACCGUUUACUGGGGAAAAGAAAGGAAAAAUAUUUAUCCCUAAAGAAAAGCCCAUAGAAACCCGUACAGAAGAGAAAGUGACCCUGGAUCCGGAACUAGAAGAAGCCCUGGCCAGUGCUUCAGAUACUGAGCUCUAUGACCUUGCAGCUGUUCUUGGAGUGCACAACAUGGUCAACAACCCAAAAUUUGAUGAAGGAGGAGCCCGCAGUAAAGAUGGAAAAGGAACCGUGAGAAAUGUGGUGAAAGGUGAAAAGGUCAAGCCCAUCUUUGAGGAGCCACCUAAUCCGACCAAUGUGGAAGCAAGUUUACAAAGGAUAAAAGCAAAUGAUCCUAGUCUCAUAGAAAUUAAUCUCAACAACAUAAAGAAUAUUCCUAUUCCAACACUGAAAGAAUUUGCAAAAGCUUUGGAAAGCAACACGCAUGUGAAGACAUUCAGCCUUGCAGCUACUCGAAGCAAUGACCCUGUAGCUAUUGCGUUUGCAGAUAUGUUGAAAGUGAACAAAACACUGAAGAGUCUGAACGUAGAGUCCAACUUCAUCACUGGGAUGGGUAUUUUGGCACUGAUUGAUGCACUGAAAGAGAAUGAAUCCCUGACAGAGAUUAAAAUUGACAACCAGAGGCAGCAGCUGGGGACAGCUGUAGAGAUGGAAAUUGCCAAGAUGCUGGAGGAGAACUCCAAGAUUCUCAAGUUUGGAUACCAGUUCACAAAGCAAGGUCCGAGAACCAGGGUAGCAGCAGCUAUCACUAAAAACAAUGAUCUGGUUCGUAAAAAGCGGGUGGAAGGAGAGCGGCAAUAGCCACACCAUAGAGGAUGCAAAGCAAGAUCGGAGGCCACCAACAACUGCAAUCUCAGUGUGUUCACUGGUCAGAAGGGAAGGCACUGGAAAACCAUUACAAUGGGAGUUGCUCAUUUCUGUUAAUGUCUCCUUUUAACCUUGAAAACACAGCCUGUUCAUUUUUAACUUUCAUGGUUAAUUUAAUUUUUAUGAGAAAGAUUCAUAGUUGGUUUUAUUUUACUGAAAAAAAUGUUUUGCAAUGACUGAAGCCAAUAUGCAGAAUCUUAACUGUGUUAUUGAGAGUAACAUAUAGUGACAUUGACCCUUAUUUUAGACACUUGUUGAUACGUUAAAAUAUAAUCUUGUGUAUGGAUAAGGGAUUCUCUGCUGAAAAUAGAAAUUUUAGGGCCAAGUUCUGCAAUGCCUUAUGUUUGUGAAUAAUCCUUACUUAUAUGUGUAUAGUCCUGCUGAACCGAAUCCUGCAAUGGGAUGCUCCCAGGAGCAGAACAAGUAAUACCAGUAUAGGUUUGCAGGAUCACACCCUUAAGCCUCUCCCCUGCAGUGGGAUCUGGGCAGCUGGAACCGCAUUGGUACAGCGCCCUUCUACCUUCUUGGGUCUCCACCCGUCCAGGUCCAAGUGCAGGAUCACACCUAAACGUAUAAACAUUGUCAAAGCCUACUUGUUUACAUAAGUUUAGGUUAGGUGGAUCAUUUGGCAAUGUUACACUGAUAUUUGUUAUCCUUCCUCCACAUUGUAAAGUAAUAUUAGUGCUGCCAAUCCUAUAGGCUUUGAAUGUUUUGAGGUUUUUUUCUAGGCCAACAGGUGUUUAUUUGCUACUAGAAUGCACAGUUUACAGCUAUUAAUCUUAAUCUAAACAAGUAUUCUGAGCAAUAUUUGUUUUGCUUUGAGCCAUGUGUUUGACUUUGUUUAGUUCUCGUAUUUAUGUAUGUUUGUUAGUAUUACAGAACUGUUCUCAGGACCUUUUAGAUGAAGAUUAAUUAAAUAGUUAAUCCAGGAGAGCAGCUGUGCUACCGGGAAAAAACAUUAAAAGGGUAGUUGUGACAGCUGCAUAACUUAAAUUUACAGGCUCCAGUUCAGGUUUGUCCCUGCAUCACAAGGCACUUAGGUAUACAGGUCAAUGCUUAGCUGAAUAAGGGCAGAUUUAAGCAUAUGCACAAAUGCUUUGCUAAAUCAGAGCCUUAACUCAGAUGCUGGAUAUAAUCUUAACCCAGUGGAAAACACUCAUGAAGCAGCAGCUAACCCCAGUGCUCAAUAGCAUCAAAAUUUUAGUAAGAAUUCAGUCUGAUGUUUCCGUUUGUGUAUUUUACAGUCUAAAACUCUUCUCUACCACUGUUUUAUCACUGCCAAGAUAUCUCUCACUAACAGCCAGAGGUUCAUUUUGGUUACACGUACAUAUGCUGUAAGAGCUACGGGAGGCUCGGGUUAGGUGUGUCACACAUACCAAUGUUUUCAGAAAGCUACAGAAACACACCUGGGGCUAGUGCUGCUACCCAGGAGACACCAGCCUCUCCUCCCAGAGCUCCUUCAGGACAACAGGAAUGAAGCCCUGCUGCCUUUACCCUGGUGACAGGGCAACGCUGGAGGUCACGGUCACUGCAGCAUACUCCUGACCCAGGGGGGAGAGCUGUGAGCCACUCUGCAGCUGGGCGUCCGGGGGGAUUAGAAACAAACCGGGGGAGCCCCAGGAGCAGUCGGUACAUGUUUGACAUACUUCCCCGAGUGAUCUUUUCGAAACCAGAGCUGGAGUGCAAGCUAACAGGAUGAACCCUCCCUCCGUGCCUUUUAUAAUGGAAAUGAGUAGGUCCAAGGCAACACUGUUCCUGUUGGAUACUGGUCUUCAUAUUGGAGUCCAAACUGAGUAACGUACACUUAAAUCCCACUUAAAAUAGUUUGCUAAAGUGGUCUGCUGAGCUGGGAUCUAAAGUGCAGUGUCCACAGUUUACUUCCCUGGAGACGUCCCAGUCUUUACAAUUUACACCUCUCCUUCCCUUCCUCAGAAUAAGGCUAAAACGUUUGCUUUGGAAGUAAAAAACAUAACACACAGGGGAGUCUUGCUGAGAUUUUCGCUGGAUCCAUGCAGGAUUUGCUGUGAAAAACUUUGAUAGCCCAUUAAAAAAAAAAGACAAGUUCUGUAACACAGUUAUAACUCUGCAUGGGCUUAAAUAAACAGUUCUUAAAAAACAUGCGGAUUACCAGGGGCAUCCCAGCAUCAAGUUGCAUGGGUAGGAAGAAUCUUCACCCCCAAAACCAAAAGAUUGUGGUUGCUGACAAACGUCAGUGAUUAGAACCACACUGCCCCUAUUUUCUUCUUCUUUUCCUUUGAUCCAACCAAGGGAAUCCCAACGAUCAAUCAAUUUUUUUUAAUGUAUUUUGAAGAUUUUUUUUUAAUCGGUUACCUUUUUUUUUAAAGAGUGGUACAUGUAUGUGUUUAAGGGAAACAAGUGCAAUCCAUUUCUAGUCUUAAUUGCCAUUUAAAGUGUUGGUAUUUGCAUGCAGCAGUUUUACAAGGGUGGAUUGGUCUGGCUGCUUCAUGAUGUCCGCAGCAUGUCAUCCUGUAGAGCUUUGCUGAGAGCCACACAAGUGGUUAUAUAGACCAGUGGCUCCAUCCAUGCCAGCUACGGUUUGCAUCAUGGACCAAGGUACCCGGCUGGGGAAGGCCCUGUGGGCUCUCCGUCCCUUCAUCUGCCACGCUCUUUGCCCAGGCGUGUUUCCUCUGAAGGGAGGAUUCCUCAGGCACUUGAGCUCAUCUCAAACACCAGCCCCACCAUGCACUAACUGACAGUGCCUGGAGCUGUGCACCCCAUGGUGGGAGACCUGGGAGGUCUGGCUCCUUCCAGCACGCGUGAGGAGAACUCCUAAUCCCUGGCCAUUUUCUCCAGGCAGCUGCUGCCAGCCCCUGCCAGGGGGCUCGGUGACCAGGGACAUCUCUGUCCUGCCUCUUCUGUGUGCUCCACACAAGGGCUUGGUUGUCACCUGGCCUUGAACAUCACAAGUAAAACAUUGCAACAACAUUCAAUACAACAACAGCACGCGAUAGUGAUGCUUGGAGGCAGAUUUUCAUAUUAAUAUAGGAUUAUUUAGCUGAUUAAAAAUCUCUGCAACUAACCUGAUGGUUGUCAGGACGUGACUAGUUAUUUUAAGUUCUACUUUCAAGUGACAUCUGGCAUACUCAACGCUGAAUGGGGAACAGGGAUAGAAGAGUCCUUUUUUCUUAAGCAAACAUUCAGGAUUAACUGUCUGUUUUUGCACAUUGCUUCUCAUGUUGACAGCUUCAGUUUCGUUUGUAUUUUUUAUACAUUUUUUUCAUGGAAAAGCUCAACUUUGUGCAUGUCCUAACAUAUACGUGAAUUGUAGUGUGCACUAAGGACCGUAUGUGUACAUGUAUAACUCUAGAUGAAGAUGUUAUCUCUGGAACAAAAGUAAUUGCAUGAGCACAGUGUGGUGCAUAUUACUCAAGAGGAAGGGAAUUGCCAUGCUAUGUAACAGUGACUCCCCAGCAUUGUGGUUUUUCUAAAUAAAUCUUCAUAAAGGA